AUGAAGAGGCGCUCGUCGGGUUCGACCGACGACAGCGACGAACCUCUUGCCGAUCCUCCUGUUAUUCAGCAGCCCGCCCGAAGUCGCAAUUCUGCACAUCUUUCUAAGCAACCCGCUGCCGUUACUGUCACCGCUGGAGCCGCAUCUAAACCGUCAUACGCACGGAGUAGACGGUCAAAUAAUCCCAAUUGGAAGCUCGAACAUGGCCCCAAUGCGAAUCCGAUCCUCGACAGCAACCUCAUAACAGCCUCGCCAUCGUCACCCCUCUCAGCUCCAUCCCUGGCCGCGCCAUCGCCAGCCUACCGAAACCAGACGCACCAGCUGCCGAACCACCAACACCACCACCACUCCCGAAGCGUCGCCGACGAAUUACAACCUGCCCGGAACGACGACAAGUACUUCGACAGCGACAUCGACGACGGCGACGGUCUCGACGACGGCAUCGUAGACACUCGGCGAGAAGACCAAACCACCAUGACCGUAGAGAAGAUGCCCGAUGUGCGCUUCGCCAGUCGCCGCUCUCGAUUCCGUAGUCCUUGGACCGUUACCAUAUUCACGCUGGCUGUCACCGUUCUUGGAAUUACUCUGCUAUGCGCUAUAUUGAACUCGUCAUGGACUCGCCAGCUCGAUGCCAAGGGAUGCCGCAUGUCGUACAUGCGACCUUCCUACAUUCGUCUUCGUGACUUCGAUACCGAACACACCCGGUUUGCGACCAAAUACUCGCUAUACCUGUAUCGUGAACAGGGCGUUGACGACGAAAGAAAGCUGAGAGGCGUUCCCGUACUCUUCAUCCCAGGUAAUGCCGGAAGCUACAAACAAGUUCGACCCAUAGCCGCUGAAGCUGCAAAUUACUACCAUGAAUCUCUUCAACACGAUGAGGCUGCUAUCGCGGCCGGCGCCAGGAACCUCGACUUCUUUACCGUCGACUUCAACGAGGACAUCACCGCCUUCCACGGCCAGACCAUGCUGGACCAGGCCGAGUACUUGAACGAAGCCAUCAGGUACAUCUUGUCGCUUUACAUGGACCCGCGCAUGUCAGCUCGGGACCAGGACUUGCCAGAUCCAACUUCUGUCUUGGUUCUUGGUCAUUCGAUGGGCGGCAUCGUCGCGCGCACCAUGCUCAUCAUGCCGAACUACCAGUCCAACUCGAUCAACACCAUUAUAACCAUGUCUGCACCCCACUCGCGUCCUCCUGUCACCUUUGACGGACAGAUUGUCAAGAUAUACGACGAUAUCAACGACUACUGGCGUCAUGCAUACUCACAGAAAUGGGCCAACAACAACCCUUUGUGGCAUGUUACUCUUGUCUCAAUCGCUGGAGGUGGCUUAGACACUGUCGUUCCGUCCGACUACGCAAGCAUCGAGCCGAUAAUCCCCGAGACACAUGGCUUCACUGUCUUCACCACCGGAAUCCCAGGUGUUUGGACUAGUAUGGAUCACCAGGCCAUUCUAUGGUGCGAUCAAUUUCGGAAAGUUGUUUCUCGCGCCAUGUACGACGUAGUUGAUGUCCACAGGUCUUCACAGACCAAGCCCAGGGCUGAGAGAAUGCGCGUUUUCAAGAAGUACUUCCUUACUGGCAUGGAGUCUAUCGCCGAGCAGACUAUGGCAGCCGAGGGGCCAAAUACACUGCUGACACUCGAGGACAAUUCAAACGCCAUCAAGGCACAAGGCGAACGCCUAGUCCUGCGACAGCUGGGUCAUGACCCGAAAAUCACAGCUCAUCUGCUUCCAGUACCUCCCCAAGGAUCUCCUGAGGGAAAGCGCUUCACCCUCCUCACCGACAGCGCAUUAGACAAGCCAGGAGAACACGGAAAGCUCGAGGUCCUGCUUUGCAGCGUGUUCCCUCUGCAGCCUGGGCAGGCAGCGACGCUGUUUUCUACACACAUGGACCUGUCGGGCGACAGCACAGGGUCUACUAGGCUGGCUUGCAAGAGCGCUGCGUCCGACGCCAUUUUGCUUCCCCCUUCGACAAGGACGCUCCAUCAGCCCUUUGCCUUGGAGAACGAGCCAGUGACCAAGCCAUUCUCGUAUCUUCAGUUCGAUGUCGAGGAUAUUGCGGAUCACCAAUUUGUGGCCGUCAUAGACAAGGCUGUUAAGCCAAGUCAAAACUUUGUUGUAGCCGAAUUCAGCGACUAUUCGCAAUCACACAGAAGGCGCAACAUCAGCCUUAGACGAAUCCUCGCGUUUGGGAUGACGCUGCGGCUGCCCGCUAACCGUCCCUUGGUUGCCGAGAUUAACAUUCCCACCAUUCAAUCUAGUCUACUGGCAUAUAACUUGGAGAUAGGCAACCAGGCUUGCGGCUCAUCCUCUGGGCUAUUCUCACCUCUUAUACGGCAACACUUGGCUCAGCCAUACGAGUCUAAGUUUUUCGUCAACGCCAGACAUGCUAGCAUAAGUUUGCAUGGGGUAGCUCCGUUCGUUCCGCCACCUCUUAGACACAAACUUCAAGACGAACAGGGACUCAGUCUCCAGUUCUGGACCGAUCCAACGUGCGAAUCCGCCAUCCAAGUUACGCUCACGGUUGACGCGUUGGGUAGCUUGGGCAAGCUGUAUAUGCGUUAUCGGACCGUAUUUGCGGCCUUCCCAUUGCUCGUGGUGGCACUCGUUCUUCGCAAGCAGUUCCGGAUCUACGACACCACUGGAGCGUUCAUCUCUUUUUCGGAAAGCUUGGAUCUCUGCUUGCGGCAAUCACUACCACUGAUGUUUCUUUCCUUGACAUUCCUCUCCUUGUCAAUGACCGGAUCGUGGUCAUCUGGCCCUGGCGUGUUCUGGCACUGGCGCAACACGACUUCAGCAGAAGCCGACUUCCACAGCAACGACCUGCUUACAGGCACCCAGGACCCCUUCUUCUGGUUCCUCAUCCCUCUGAUCGGAGUCGUCUGUGUAGGAGUGUGCGCGUGCCUUCACUUUGUCACCCUGGCAUUGACGCAGGUUCUCGGUAUUCUCUACGCCUGGAUAGCUCUUCGACCAUUCGCAGCCGGGCGAGAUGAGCGCCGAAGGCCGCAGCUGCCCAUUUUCGUUGCGUCCUCGCCUCGACGUCGCAUGAUAACAACUGCCGUUCUGCUAUUCCUGGUAUCCACGUUCAUACCCUAUCAAUUUGCGUACUUGGUAGCGUGUCUCGUCCAGCUCUUCACCGUCGUUCGCGCUCAUCGGAUUGCCUCGGAGGUCAAGUCUGGGCUUACCCAAGAUUUCUACCACUACGCCCACUCCAUUCUGCUUCUCAUGCUCUGGGUCCUACCUAUUAACCUGCCCAUUCUGGCGGUGUGGAUCCGUAACCUUGCCGUCCACUGGCUUACGCCCUUCUCUUCGCACCACAACGUGCUAUCAAUUAUGCCGUUCAUAUUACUCGUGGAGAACUUGACCACGGGUAGGAUGGUCCCCAGAGUCACGGGCAGGAUGAGAUACCUCACGAGUGUACUGCUCUUUGGCACGGCCAUCUACGCUGCCGUCUAUGGUGUUUCUUACGCCUACAUGCUGCACUAUCUCGUCAACUUGAUAGCUGCCUGGCUGGUUAUUGUUCAUUCGACUACGGACAACUGGCCGCUCGCUGGGUUUAGUUCAAUAUUUGACGGUCAUCAAGAAGACCGUAAACGUAGUAAAACUCCAUGA